UCUGCUUGUUUGUAUUGCAAAUUAACCCCUUCCUCCUGUAUGCAGCUGCUCGACGGCGGAGCUCCUCCAAACCAGUCCUCCUGACUGAAGCACAAAAACAGCUGAUGGUCCACAAACUGCCUCAGGUGCUGCGGCUUCACCUCAAACGCUUCAGGUGGUCGGGGCGGAACCACCGGGAGAAGAUCGGCGUCCACGUCAGCUUCGACCAGCUUCUCAACAUGGAGCCCUACUGCUGCAGAGAGCCUUCGCCCAAAGGUGUGUCCUGCUCCAGCCCCAGCAGCCCCACCUCCGCAGGCUCGCCGCGUCCCAAGCACUUCCUCUACGACCUCUCUGCUGUGGUGAUGCAUCAUGGGAAGGGCUUUGGCUCCGGCCACUACACCUCCUACUGCUACAACACAGAAGGAGGCUUCUGGGUUCACUGUAAUGACUCUAAGCUGAACGUGUGUUCAGUGGACGAGGUCUGCCGCGCUCAGGCCUACAUCCUCUUCUACACACAGCGAGUAACUCAGGACAAAGACCGGCCGCUAUAGGACCACGAUCCCUCUCCUCAUCCUCCUCCGCUGCAGCCUGACCACUCAGCGAGAAGAUAUCAGCACAGCCCCACCUAUCCCUCUCUCUCUCUCUUUCUCUGGGCAUUUUUAUCCUGGGAGGAUGGGUCUUUUUAAUCUAUUUUUCUAAAUAAGGAAAAAAAAGAGAGAAAGGACUCCUUUUUAAAACCUGGUUCUGCUUUGUGAACUUCUUGUAUAUGGUGUUUAUAUGUAGGUAUUUUUUAAAAAAUGGUGACGUUUGUGGUUUGUGUACAGUUGUAUUUUAUGGAAAAAAAAGUAUCAGCCAAGAUGUGUCUCAGUAGCAGCCAACAGACUCAAAAGUGUCUUCUACAGGUCAUACAGGUGUAUUCACAUGUCUGCCUGCCUGCGUUUGGUGGCUUUGUUGAUUGUAAAUGCUGUUCGUUUUGUUUAAAAUCAGCUGAAAUGUUUCUCAGUCACUUUAGAUAGACGUCACAGAACUGGAUGUAGGGUUGUAAAAUGUCAUUUACUCGCUAGAAAUGGCCUCCCUGUGUUUUCGACAGGUAAAGUUUUAAUGGAUGGUAACAAAGGUGGCUGUAUUUCCUUCCAGAAAUGCACUAAUUUCUACAAAACAGGCUAUCUGCAUCAUUUUUAUAGUUAAAGAUCUGUACACAAGCAGGGCAGGAAGUUUAUUUUUCACUCUGAAGUACUCCUGGGUCUGUCAGGAAACAUUGGCAGACCUCAAGCCAAAGCCUUGGGGGAAGCGUAUGGAAAAACCGCUCAGCAUUUCCAAAACGGUUCAACAUUUGCUGAGUUUUUUCUCUCUCGUUCACUGAGGGGGAGAAACAGUUUCCAAAGGGAUGGGGUUUGUUUUGGCUAAAUGUUGCCACCUCUCUGCUCCAGAAUGUAAUUGUCUUCAGAGUGCGAACCAUCCCCGAACCAUACUAGUGUCCUAGAAAAGUGCCCUUGUGUUGAGAAUAUAUUUUUAUAGUUCAUAUCGAUUCAGCAAAGUGGAAUCUCCACCCACAACCAGCAUUUAGAUUAUGAAUGUAUUUUUAUACAAUCCUUCUCAGAGGUUUAAGAAAAGAGGCCAUUGACUGUUUUCGAAAGUUUUAUACAACAACCACCAGCAAUUACGACUGCUCUCCCACUGUUAAGUAGGCGAGUGUGCAUACUGUAUUUAAUUUUUCUUCUGUUCAGUACAAUAUUCAGAUUUAGCAGAUUUCUGCGACGUAAACAGAUUGUGAUUUUUAUCUCCAUACUGGAGAAAAUUGUAUUUAAAAAAAAAAGGUAUUCUCCACCUCAACCGUGUUCCCUCUGGUUUAUCUGUCAAAAGGGGAAUUCAAAGCACACUUCAUAUUGUUUUUCCGUCAUUGUCAGACGAUGUGACACAUUGUUGGCAUUUUUUUUUGGGUUACUACUCCAUGGAUGUGUGUAUGCGUGUGUGUAAAUUUAUGGAAGUUAUACUAUGCAAAUGGUUACCUCAGUUUUUUCUAGAGAAAAUUACCUCAAUAAAUGAGAAUAUUUUUUCAUUUUUCUACAAAAGA